AUGGCUCCUUACAACGAGACCUCCGCCAACGACUACACCCCGGCCGACGUCAAUGUCCCCGUUUCCAUGCUCGAGUACUUCGCUCCGGCGCCGAAGGGCGAGACCCUUCUCUCCCAGUACCGUCUGCUGUCUCCCUCUGCGGGCGUCCGUGUUUCUCCUCUCUGCCUGGGUGCUAUGUCUCUUGGUGACCAGUGGUCGCCCUUCAUGGGCGGCAAGGACAUGGGCCUGAAAGAAUCGAUGGAGUUCCUCGACGUCUUCUACGAACUUGGCGGCAACUUCAUCGACACUGCGAACAACUACCAGGAUGAGCAGUCCGAGUUCAUUGUGGGAGAGUGGAUGAAGGCUCGCGGUAACCGUGACGACAUUGUUCUCGCGACCAAGUACACCUCCCCGUACAAGAUCCGCAAGGAGGGUCGCUACCCUGGUAUCGGCGUCAACUACAUUGGAAACAGCAAGAAGUCCCUCAAGCACUCUGUUGAGGACUCACUUCGCAAGCUCCAGACCGACUACAUUGACCUCCUCUACGUCCACUGGUGGGACCACUCGACCGACAUUCCCGAGCUCAUGCAGUCGCUCAAUGACCUCGUGCGCUCCGGCAAGGUUCUCUACCUUGGCAUCUCGGACACUCCCGCGUGGAUCGUUUCGGCCGCCAACGAAUACGCUCGUGCCCAUGGAUUGGCCCAGUUUGUUGUUUUCCAGGGCCUUUGGAACCUGAAGGAGCGCGACAUUGAGCGUGACAUCAUCCCCAUGUGCCGCAAGUAUGGCAUGGCACUCGCACCUUGGGGUGUUAUUGGCCAGGGAAAGUUCAAGACCCCCGAGCAGAUCAAGGAGGCUAAGGCUCUCCGUGGCAACACUCAGCCUACAGAGGCCGAGAUCAAGGCGUCCGAGGCCCUUGCCGAGGUCGCUGCCGAGAUUGGCAACGGCGCUUCUAUUGCUGCUGUGGCUAUGGCCUGGACCCGUUCCAAGAUGGCAUACUGCAUUCCCAUUAUUGGCGGUACCAAGGUCUCGCACCUGCGCCAGAACGCCCGUGACCUCAGCAUCACUCUCACCGCAGAGCAGAUCGCCAAGCUCGAGGCCGCGUGCCCCUUCGACCACGGCUUCCCCACCGGACGUUUUGGCCGUGACCCCCACUACCUCCCCAACGGCAAGCCGGAGAGCAUCUUCGUCAACGUUGCUGGCGAUGUCAAGUUUGUCACUGGUCCUUGA